CGUAAGGCUCCUCGAUUAUGAAGCGCGCGUGUCGCUUAGCAGCUGCUAGGCAAAGGCUAGGAGCAUAACAGAUUAAUCCGUCAGUACAUCGUGGACCGUCGCAGGCGGAGCACUCGUCGCCGGUCGUCACAGUUUACGACUACGAACUCGCAAAAGUUACGAACGAACCAUGAGGACGACUUAUAUAACAAAAAUAGUGUUUCGUAUUUAAAUUAAUUCUGUGCUGUGUUUCUAUUAACGAUGGCUUUAUAUGUGUGUGUGUUACUGUGCGUGUGCGCCUUCGUUUCGGGGUUCAACGUGGACAUACCCUCGAGGGUGGUUUAUAGGGGAAAUGAAAAUUCUAUGUUUGGAUUUACCGUUCAGGCUCACAUUGACGGAGAUCAGAAAAUGAUCCUGGUCGGAGCGCCAGAGGACGACCGUUAUCCGGCCCGCUACAACAAUAUCUCCCGACCCGGCGCCGUAUACCGCUGCGAGCCGGGCAGGAGGGCGUACUCCUCCGAGGGCCACGAGCGUCCACUCGAGAGAUGCCAAGAAAUGGUCUUUGAUAAACGAUUCUCUAAUAACGUGGAUCCCCAAGGUCGGCAGGUGGAGGAGAAGUCGAACCAGUGGUUUGGAGCCACGCUCACCAGUACCGGCAGAAACGGGCCUAUUGUGGCUUGCGCUCCUCGCUUCGUGUCCUUCGUUUCUGCGAAGCUGAAUUUCAGGGAUCCGGUUGGUACGUGCUACGUUGCCAAAUCUUCAAGGGCUGAAGACGUCACAGAAUUUUCACCUUGCAGGACUGCGACUCACGGUCAACGCAAAACUGGUGUUUGUCAGGCUGGUUUUUCUGCCGCUAUUUCUAAGGAUAGCCAACGUUUGUUCAUUGGCGCACCGGGCAGCUUCUAUUGGCAAGGACGAACGUUUUCAAUUGAACCAAACGAAAGAUUCCACUACUAUAUGCCGAAAAUACCGGACGAAGGUCAGCUGAUGUCACAGACGCUAUACGCCCGGCCGGCCCUUAUAGCUACGCUAGAGUCAAGUCCUAGGUACGACGACUCUUACAUGGGAUACUCUAUAACCGUUGGUGAUUUUGCUGGACAAGGCAUUCAGAGUGUUGCUGUGGGUAUGCCUAGAGGUGCUGACUUGAGGGGUUUGGUGGUACUCUACACUUGGGAGCUCCAGAACAUCAAGAAUAUAUCCGGCUCUCAGAUCGGAGCAUACUUCGGUUACAGUCUCGCUUCUGGUGACAUUGACGGUGAUGGAACCGAUGACGUCAUAGUAGGAGCUCCAAUGUUCACCAAGCCGAGAAGCGACGGAUACGAACACGGAAGAAUCUAUGUUAUUUACCAGGGAACUGACAGGUCGUUCUCAAGAAGUCACGCAAGGACCGGCGAGGUCUCCCAGGGCAGGUUCGGGUUGGCGGUAACGUCACUCGGUGACAUCAACUAUGACGGAUUCGGCGAUAUCGCGGUGGGAGCUCCAUACGGCGGAGAGAAAGGCCGGGGCGUGGUCUACAUCUACCACGGAAGCGAAGUCGGCAUAUUGGAGAAGUACUCGCAGGCCAUCACCGCGGAGGAGAUCUCGCCGACCUUGAGCACGUUCGGCUUCUCGCUGUCCGGCGGAGUGGACCUCGACAACAACAACUACACCGAUUUGGCAGUCGGAGCCUAUAAGUCCAACAGUGUUGUGUUUUUAAAGUCUCGUCCCGUCGUCAAGGUGAGUGCCGAAGUGAAGUUCAUGGGCGAGAGCAAGCUCAUCUCGCUCACGGACAAGAAGUGCCAUCUCAGUAACGGCACGGAGGUCGCGUGCGCCCAGGUCAUGUUCUGUCUCACCUACACCGGGGUCAACGUGGACCAGCAGAUAAAUUUCGAGGUGACUUUAGACCUGGAUUCGCGUCAGACGACCAGCAAGCGACUGUUCUUAGCUGAAACCAGAGAGACGACAUACAAGACCCACAUCAUGCUGACGCAGGGACUGCAGGAGUGCAAAGAUGUCGUUGUCUACUUAGAUGAGGAGAUCCGCGACAAGCUGACGCCCAUAGAGGUGAAGCUGUCGUACGAGCUGGUGCCGCAGCCGUCGGGCGCCGCCGUCCCGCCCGUGCUGGACCGCACGCGCGCCGCCGCGCACUCCGACGCGCUCCACAUACAGAAGAACUGCGGACCCGACAACAUCUGCAUCCCCGACCUCAGGAUGUCCGCCGCCACCCCGAUCGUGAACUACGUUCUCGGCUCCGGAGAAAACUUGAACAUCGAUGUGAAAGUGGAGAACUCCGGCGAGGACGCCUUCGAAGCUGCCUACUACCUGCUGAUUCCUGCCGGAGUUACAUACGCGAAGACCGAACGUUUAGACAAGGACAAUAUAGUGACUCCUAUAUACUGUUCUAUAGAGAAGAGGGAAUCCGACGGGAACUCUACUUUGAAGUGUGAUAUAGGCAACCCCAUGGCCAGUGGACAGAAGGUGAACUUCCGCGUGAUCCUCGAAGUGGACGCGCUCGUGACGUCACUGAACUUCUACAUGGAAGCGAACUCCACCAACCCCGAGCAAGGAACCGAUUACGACAACGUCAUGAACAUGAACAUCGGCGUCAUCAUCAGAGCACAGCUCUCUGUCAUCGGGACCUCAGACCCGCCCGAGCUCCAUUACAACGCGUCGGUAUACGAAGCGACCGACCUGAAGGACGACACCAAGCUGGGCCCCCCCGUGAUCCACAAGUACAGCAUCAAGAACGAGGGGCCCUUCACCGUAGACGAAGCCGAGAUGUACUUCAUGUGGCCCUAUCAGACUCUUGAAGGCGAAAACCUGAUGUACAUGCUGGUGCAGCCGCAGUGGCUCGGGAACAUCAAGUGCAACGUGGCGCGACACAUCAACACAGAGAACCUCUUCGUCCAGAAUCCCUACAUGCCUCUGCUCGAAAAGGAAAGAGAAGCAAUGGCGAGCACCAACAUGUACACUGAAGCACAGCUCGUCGGUGGCUUCGGAUAUUACGGGCAGACGCAAUGGGAGCAGCAUUCCACCAGCGGCGGUACAGUGACGUCACAAUCUGGAGGUUUCGUGUCAGGUGGACAACAGGGAUCGUCCACCCAAACUGGCCCCGCCAAUUCCGGUGGUCAGCUUAGUAGCGGUCAAACUGCUGGUGGUCAGUUCACUCACACUUCUGGAGGUCAAUACAGCGGAGGUCAAACUGCUGGUGGGCAGUUUAGUCAAUCUUCCGGAGGUCCAUACGGUGGAGAUCACAGUGCUGGUGGGCAGUUUAGUCAAACUUCCGGAGGUCAGUAUAGUGGAGGUCAAGAACAGCAAUCUGGACAACAUCAGUUCAGUCAGGGAGGACAGAACGGCGGAACUACUUAUACAUACAAGUGGACGAAUGGACAAGGUCUGACUGUUGAAGAACAGGAGAAAAUCAAGAAAAGUCUUGAAGCCUUCGCACAAGGAAACGGGCAGGGCGGUUUCACCCAGGGUGGCUUCACUCAAGGAGCCGACGGACAGAUCUAUGUCGAUGGAGGAAGAGUCGUUCGCAUUAGGAAUAUAACGACAGUUUACGACGCAAAUAACAACACCAUAUUCCAGACUGAGACUAGCACGGAAUACGGAAAACUUGGGCAUGAAGGUGAAGCUGGAAGUUCAUUUAAUACAUACGUUAAUAACCAAGGAGGACAGCAACACAGCGGCUCGUUCGCUCACGGCUCUGGUGGUUACGUCCAAGGUUCGGGCCAAACUCAGACCCAAGGUGGACAAAAUUGGCAAGGCUCUGUUCAAGGAAAUAGUCAGUUCUCUCAAGGCUCAGGAUCUGGACAAGGCUUUGUCCAUGGAUCCUGGGGAACCACAGAGACAGUUAACCCUGACCUUGUGAAAGCCGGGUCGUCGACUUUCAGAGGAGCCUCAACAGUCACUGUAGUGGGUGACGAAGAAGACAACGAAGGACUUGGUUUUGGAGCUUUCGCUGCUUCUAACCCUAACAAUGAGUUCAAAUACGCGAUCGGUGACGUAACCAACGCCGGCAGCGGACAAGCUGGAAGUCGCACCGGCACUGCUGGUGGUAGUUACCAAUCUGGCGGGGCUUAUCAAGCUGGAGGAGCCGGGCAUCAAGCUGGAGGAGGUGCUUAUCUGUCUGGUGGAGGCAGUUACCGAACUGGAGGUUCUGCUUAUCAGUCUGGGGGGAGCGCACAGGAUGGAAGCCGAUCGUGGAGCAGUGGAUAUUCUUAUUCUUCUCAAUCAGGAGGUGGCUCUUCAUACAACAGCCAUUCUGGAAAUUAUGGCUCCACUAGUAGCCGAGAAAACACCAGGAGAAGGAGACAGGUCGAUCAGUCACAAGUUGACAAGCAACUCAAGGACAUCUUAACCAACUGUCAGGAGAAAUACAAAUGUGAAGUGAUGAGGUGCACCACGGGCAGGCUGCUGAAGGGCCAGGAGGUGUGGGUGGCGCUGCGGUCCAGGAUCAACGCAACUGUACUUAACGAGAUCUCGAAGGAGCGGCCGAUAGUGCUGUCGUCGCUGUGCGCGGCGCGCGUGUCGCGGCUGGGCGGCGGCGCGGCGGGCGGCGCGGGGGCGGGCUGGGCGCGGGGGGAGGCGCGCACGUCGCUGAGCCCGCAGCUGGGCGCGCGCGGGGGCGGCGUGCCGCUGUGGGUCAUCAUCCUCGCCGCCAUCAUCGGGGCGCUGCUGCUGCUCCUGCUCAUCUUCGCGCUCUACAAAUGCGGAUUCUUCAAGCGCAACCGUCCCUCCGACCACACCGAGCGCCAGCCGCUGAACGGACGUGACGAACACCUUUGAUAUCCGAGCACCGACCUCGGCGUCACGAGCGACACGCCCGUCACGCGCGACACGAGCGACACGAGCGACGCGAGCGCUACCAGCGACGCGAGCGACGCAAGCGACACCGGCGACUCCAGCUCGGCCACCGACGCCGCCAGUGACGUCACCAGCAGGGACUCCACCAGCCUGGACAGGUACUGACAUCGCGACGUCUUCGUGUAGCCAUUUUAAGCUGUACAAAUUUCAAGUAAUAAAUACAUAUAUAGACCAUAUCACGAACAUUCUAGACUUUAUAAAUCAAAAUUUCAUAAAACCUUAUACUUUGUAUUCGUAGAUAUUAGACAUAUUAUUAUUAUGAAGCAAUAAAAUUGAAAUUUUGUACAAUAUUUAUAUGUAAACUAAAACGUAGGAAAACUAUAGAAUAUUUUAAAUUUAAAUUUGUCUAAUGAAUUGAUUAGUCUCGACCAAGCGUAAUCAGAGUGCCUCAAGAUAAAAAGCUUUGUACGUCUUUUUCAUAAAGAUGUUAAAAGAUUUUAUAUAUUUAUUUACAUACUGUAAGUAGAAUCGUAAUAAAUAACUAGUCACGGUACAUUACAGAACAUAGUUCAUGAGCACCGUGAGCACAUUGUUACUCAACGUGUUAACGACAUUGCCUCAAUCAAGUCGCUUCUCUUUACAUGAGAAGUAUCAUUUUACUUAAAAUUGAACUUCCUAGAAAUGUUUGAACAUCUUGAUUACACUUGACAACAGUAAUCAAUCAACUAAUAGCUAUUUGUAAAAAUAACUUUAAAAAGAAAGUAAAAUAUGUGUGAUAUUGUAAAAAGCGUGUCCGAAUGAAGAGAAUUGUGAUCUAAUUUAAUGAUUGAUGUAUGAACGUUUUGCUUGAAUUAAUUUUUAAGAUAUUCAUUAAAAAUCUUGCAAUUAAUUAAAAUUGAAUACCAUUACAUAAUAAAAUAUGUAAUGUGAAAUUAAUUUAUGUAAUAACUAAUAAAAAGCUUUUACUGUGUAAUUUAGAAUAUUGUAAGGAAUUAAUAUCUGUCAUGUAUAAUCUCAUUAUUGUGGUAAAUUUAAAUAUAAUAAUAUAAAAAAAUCUGAUCAUAUCAAUUUGGAUAGUGUUGAACUUAUAAAUUUUAAAAUUAAGAUAAAUUGAAUUGCACAAUGUAGUGAAGAAAUUACAGACAUCUAGUAGAAGAAAUAAAAAUAAUUAUCUAUUAGAUUAAUCUUUAAUAUUUUAAUACGGCAACUGAAGAUUCGAAAAGAUUGUUAAUCACUUUUUUGUCUCCAAGUAUUUUUAGUAUACUUAAGCCCAAAAUUAUUAUUUUUCUCCUUUAAAUGUAAUAAUUUAACUUAAUUAAAACGAGACGAAACGAGGGAUGCUAGAGACGGCGAUAUUUCUUAAAAUAAUCUCCAUUCUCCUGGCUACUGCAUUUUACAAAAGGCAGCCAUAUUGAAUCCGGAGCCAUAUUGGAAUAUUGAAGAUUAGUUUGGAGGAUCGUUUAGUUAGUACCUUGUGCCUUAUGGAUACACCACAGAUAAUAAAUACACUUAGGACACACAUUGCGAUAGUGCCUUCACAACAGCUGUGUCAUGUUUUUUCGCGCCUCAGAAACUGCCAAUAACUGUUGUGUAAAUAAUUUAUUUCCUUCUUUGCCAUUUUUUAAAGGAUUUAAAUUCAAAACAAAAUCGAUUUGAUUGUUCGAGUACUUAACUGAAAUUUUUUUUUAAUCAAGAAAUUUUUGAAAAAUACCCGCCAUUGAUAUUAUGAUUUUCUGUUCGAAAAAAUGGGAAUCGGUUGUUAUAUAUUUGUAAUUAAUUAAAUUUAUUUAUUAUUAUUUUAUUAAUUCUAUGACUAAGCGAAUCGCUUUCUACUUAUAGUUUAACUUUAAUUAUAAUACAAUAUCAUAUUACUAUUAUAUUAUAUGAACGCCAUAAUUAGUUUCAAGUAACGGUUUAAAUUUUCGGUUGUUUUUCGUUUUUUCGGUUUUUUUUUUGCUUUUACCAAAAAGAAACUUUAAUAAAAUUGUUUUUUUUAGAUGAA